GGAGGAUCAUGAUGACUAAGUAUUGCGAUAGAAUCGAGCUGCCUAUUUCUCCCUAGCCCGUGGUAAUACUGUGCUUAUACUAAUUUCAUGGGGCGGUGUGAAAGAUCUGAUUAGAUCUGAUUGAUAAGACAAGCCUUGAGUCACGCAUGUCCUUGCUUAAUAGUCAUCAGGUUGUUAGCCCAGGUCCAAUCAGAUACCCAGUAACCCUCGGCCAAAUGGGCCGAAAGAGGAGUGAUAGCUUUCUGGUCUCACUUAUUCUCAUUUGAGACGCCUUUCCCAGAGUUGAAGCUACAUGUUGGUUGGUGAUCGGCAAAACUUUCACUCCGGGGUAUGGUGAUGACACAGUACUCAAGGCAUCAUACACAUUCCGUCUCCUUUCGCUCCGAUGUCGUCCUUGUUCUUGCUAAAAGAAGAAAGGAGUUCUAUGACGACUGCUAUACACGUUUUCUGAUAUAAAGACUGCCGUCUUUCUCGUUGCUCCAAUUCUGCCGUGAUCCACAUCGAAAAAUCAUAAAGUCCCUCCUUAUGGUGCAUGAUACAAUAAAUCAGCCCUCUCCCUCUCCAAAGUUCUCUCGAAGGCAACAGUGCUCCACCCAUAUAUUAGGCCUUACUGGGUUCAGCAUAUAGGUACAUAGCUAACAAGUGUCUUGAAUCCCCAAACCUUACCGCGAGAAUUAAGUCGGAAGCACCCAUUAGAUAAACCUGGAAAAUGGCGGCGGCGAAUAAUAUCGAUGCAAUCGCCCUGGAAACUAUUUCACCCACCCCAGUUGCAGCAAUUGAGAAUGGGCCGGUCCCAGUUGGUGAUGUGAAGCAGUCUGACCCUUUUCUGGUCACUUUCGAUCAACCCUACGAUGUUGACAACCCCCAAGCCUGGCCCAAGGGCCGUAAAUGGGCUAUAACGGAUGUGCUAUCCGCCACUGGCUUCAAUCGCAUCCUCGUUUCUACCAUUAUGGCACCAGCAUUGCCAACGAUAGCCAAGGAGCUGAACAUGAGUUCGACUGAGUCCGCCCUUUCACUCUCGAUCUAUCUCCUCGCAACUGCCUUCGGCCCGCUAUUCAUCGGCCCUCUGUCUGAGAUAUAUGGUCGCCAAGUCAUUCUGCAUGCCUCUAAUAUCUGGUUCCUUGCUUGGAAUAUAGCAUGUGGAUUCGCAAACACCAAAGAGCUGUUGAUUGCCUCCCGGUUCCUGGCCGGUUUUGGUGCGAGCGCUAUCUAUUCUUUGGCAGGUGGCGUGUUAAACGACCUGUGGCGACCACAAGAGCGUGGUCGCUCACUCAGCGUUUACCUGCUCAUCCCUUUGCUUGGAGCCGCUGUAGGGCCUAUUCUCGGUGGUUUUAUCGCAGAGUAUACAACAUGGCGAUGGAUGUUCUGGUCAACAUCUAUAUUUCAAGGCGUCAUGAUUGCGGUUUCAUUUGACGUCUUCCGUGAGACCUUUGCACCUCUGAUCCUCAACAGAAGAGUUUCCCGAUUACGUAAGGAGACGGGCAACGAACGGUAUUACACCCAGUAUGAGAGGCAAGUUAGUCAACAGUCGGUGGCUCGAGUUGCCGCUCAAGCUUUGUCCAGACCGCUGAGACUUCUCGCCUUCCACCCACUUAUACAGUUAACUGCCAUAGUCUCGGCCCUCGGCUACGGCACUCUGUAUAUCGUCAUCUCCAGUUUCGCAGAUCUAUGGACCUCCUACUAUCACCAGCCUGUGGCAAUUGGUGGGCUCCAUUACAUUGCCUGUGCUUUGGGCGAGAUCGCAGGAUCGCAGCUUGGUGGUCAGCUAAUGGACGCUCUGUUCCGUUACAUGAAGGCGCGUUCUAACGAUGGAGAGCACAUCCCCGAAUUUCGAAUACCAUUGACGUUGCCCGGAGCAAUCAUAAGCCCCAUAGGUCUCUUCAUCUAUGGUUGGACAGCGCAAGCGCGUGUUCAUUGGAUUGCAGUGGAUAUUGGUAUCUUUAUUAAUAUGUUUGGAGGUCAGCUCACUGGACUGGCUUUAUCAGCAUAUGUCAUCGACGCGUAUCCUGAGCACACUAGCAGUGCUAUUGCGGCCACCCAGUUUCUGAAGAGCCUCGCAGCAUUUCUGUUUCCCCUCUUUGUGCCGAGUCUGUAUGGUGCCCUUGGAUAUGGGUGGGGUAAUAGCACCAUUGCUUUUGCCAGUCUCGUUCUCGCGUUACCAGCCCCGUUUGUUAUAUGGCGCUACGGAGCCAGACUUCGGCAAAGAGCAGCAUCGACGUACUAGGAGAUAUGUACGCGCGAAAUGAAUUGGAACUGAGCUUCGUUGUUGACGGCGUGACGUGGCCCGGCCCGGCCCUGACUGAACGUCAAAGUAGGUAGACGUUUCGUCCGUCAAGAUGGGACGUAGUAAGAUGAACCAAUCUCGAGAUCGAUGCUUGAUGGUUUAUGAGAUUGCGUUAAUACUGCGGUGUUACCAUACUUGCCCCACGUAACAUUCAUCGGGG